AUGAAGACUGUAGGCACAAUCCCCUACCUCGGCAUCUUCCUCAAUGACCUGGCGAUGCUCCACGAGUCGGCACCGGACCGAUUGCCGCGUCAUAAACCAACGGAACUACGACGACCCACCAGUGGCAGCAGCCUCACUAGCAUGGCGCGGGACCGCCGAAACAACCACAAUAACCUCCACAACCAUCAAAAUCAGGGGCAUCACAAUUUUGAGCCCCUUUUGGCCCCGCCUCUGCUCUCUACAGAGCCUCCUAGACGACCUUCCCGACGCAAGCGUGUUAAUGAAAGUUUCGAAAGCGGCACUGGCAGUGCGUGCGGCGCUGAGCCUUCACAGCAGCCACCCUUACCCGUGCUUAUCAAUCAGCGGUCUAGGAAGGGGUCAAAUAAUAAUGAAACGGGGUCAAGUACUACCCCAACCCCGACUGGGGUAAUCAUUCCGAGGGACAAGAGGGGCCGACAGGUGAGGGCUACCGUCGCCCCGCCGCUCCCAUUACAGCGGCGGCGAGGCAAAAGCGCCUUGGCCACGGGUUCAAAACGACGCGAGUGCUCUAUCGUCAGUCCUGUCGCCUCCACCACUGUCACUUCCGCCACUCCCAUCGCCGCCCUUGCUUCAGAAAACGACGAUCUCAUCAACUUUCGCAAACAUUGGCGUGAAUACAAGGUACUGGCCAAGCUCAUGUACUUGCAAUCAUCCGCUACACGUUACAAGAUUCGCGAGGAUGUGGCCUUUAGACAGUGGUUUGAAAGCUUCGUUCUGAUCAGCGAAAGUGGAGCGAAUCAGAGAGCAAGAGAGCUUGAACCACCACCACGGAACUGGAGAGACGGGAUGGACACCGUCUCAGGAUCAUUGGAAGUGCUCUUCCAUGGCGGUGGCGUCAGCGACGAUGACUGCCAAAUGGAGGAGCUUCCGCGUAGCCGCCUCUCCUCUCCACUUUCCCAUUCGCCACGCCUCUCUAGGCUACCCCCGUGCGGCUCCGCCAAUUCCAAGCACAGCAACGAUAAAAGCGCCUUCGAUGAGUAUGAUUCAAGAAAAGUGAUCAUCAAAGGAUCUCUCAAACGAAGCAACCAGAAACCGAAACGCCGUAGCAGCAGCGUCAGUGACCUCAAUGCGACCUCAGUGACCCCUUUGUUAAGAGCCCACCACCAAUUGUCCUUAAUAAAAAACAAAAUCAAUGGCACCUUGCACCAUCCCCGAUCCUCUCCGAGCACGCCCAAUAUCGCACAUAUUGAGGAUUGCACGCGAUUUUAG